AUGCCUUUCUUUGGAAAAGAUUGGAGAUCGCCCGGAGACCAAUGGGUCCGUACAGCCGAAGGAUGGGAAAGAAUGAGGCUGUGGCGAGUUAAGAUUUUCGAGAAUCUAAAUCGAAACGCUGUGGCGAGGACAACUCGUUUAGCGUUGGAAAACCUCGACAAUCUUCAAGAAAUCACCAGUCGCAGACAGCCAUUUAUAGUUUUCAACAGCGGAUCAACAAAAGAAAAACUUGAACACACAUCACUCAGUGAAGCUCUGGUGAGGCUAGAUAUGGCUGGUUCUGCCAGAGAUCUCAGCCGUGCUAAUUUUGUGGCCAGGCUGAUGACUCUCAUUUUGGAAAAGAAGCUACCCACCCUCAGUGGUACCUCGCAGAAACUUGUCUUCACAACAGUAACCAGAUUGGAAAAUCAGCUUUCAGAAUACCAGAUGAAAGAGAGGAAUAAGGAUGGCCAGCUGAUGCUGUCCGAUCUUCCUUCGGACUGUUUGAGAAACAUCUUUUCUCAGAUUGCAGAUCACCGAGAUGUUAUGAGAGCUGGACAGGCCAGUACAACAUUAAAUCGGGUAACUGAAGAAAAGUCUCUGUGGAAAGAUCUGUGCUUGUUUCAUUUCAACAAUCGUCAAAUUCUUACGUUUCUUCCAAAACAAGCAGAAAAUGUUGAUAUAGACUGGAAGUAUGUCUACAAACGCUGCUUCAA